GUAGUCCAUGCUGUAGCAGACGAAGGAGUGGUGUGCUUCAAAAAAGUGUUAAGUGUAUGUAUUUCGCUGCUACAAACGGCGCACCAUAUUUUAUCAGCAAAAUGAAUAUGUCUGGGAAAAAAACGAACACUUCUGGAUCUGAUGGAUUUCAAAGACUUAAUUUCCUAUAUCAGGCAUCGAUUGUGGCCUUGAAUGCAGUUCCUCACUGUCCACAGAUAACUUCGGUAUUUGGCAAGAAUAUGAUUAGCAUCGGAAAAAAACUUCAACUAAAACUGGACCACUCUGUAAAACGAACAAUAUGUAAAGGAUGUAAAGUUCUAUUGAUUCCAGGGAAAUCAGUAGAAGUAAAAAUAAAACAAAUUCCUGCUUCCAGAAAAAGAAAAAGUCGGUGUGGAAAUCAGAGGAAAAUUCAGGAAUGGAAGUGUAUGUUCUGUAGCUGUGUUAAACAGUUUGUUUUGAAUCCUGGAUACUCACUGUGGGCCGAGCAGAAUAUGGAUUCCACAUAAUAAUUUUUAAAAAAAGGAUAAAUUAUAAAAAGAAAAUUCUAUUGAAAAAGAAUUUCCCCCACUCAGAAGUUUUGAUGUGUGUCUGUGUGAUAAAAAUCUCAUGUUAAGAAUGCAAGUCACAUUCUAGAACUGACCUGUCUUGAAUAAAAAGAUUAUUUUACUA